AGAAGCAGGGAGAAGGACUGGUUUGAAGAAGACAAAAGUUAAGGGCAGACAUUUGUCAACAUUGAUCAACGUGUUUGACAAUGACUGUUGACAGUUCAGUUGUGAUAUUGUGGUGUUUGAGUGGACUACUCAAAUCACAUCGUAACGUGGUGGAGUUAGCCGGUAAUACAGAGGAUAAGUGGAUGCAUAGAACUUUGCUAGGACGCUAACGACAAGCUAAUCCAAGCUAGCGAGGCCUGUGUUGGACCACAAGGAAGAAGAAGACAACGAGGACGAAAGAUUUGCAAUGGAUUGGACUGUGAGGACUUGGAUGAGGCUGGACAAGUGGACACAACCCCGACUUUCUUCACUCCUGCCAUUUGAAACACUGCAGGGACAUUGGAAAUCAAGUAUCUGUCGAGCAGCCCUUCAUGCUGGAGUAAUCCAGAAUGAAUCUGGAGGUUACCUUGAUGUAAUGCCAAUGGACCGCAGGAAGCAGUACAGAGGCAGUUACCAAAAUGGCAUCAAUUCAGAAAGGCAGCUCUGGGGUCAAGAUGCCCACCAACUUCACUGUGGUCCCAGUGAAUGAUGCAGAUGGCAACAGGAACAAUACAACUGCAAAUGGAAGUGACAAACCUCUUGGUCUCAACAACAUUUUUAGGGAUGAAGAUAAAGAAGAUAACUCAGAUGGAUCACAAUCAGGAGAUGACGUUCAAAGGGAGUCACAUCCAUUCAUUGGCUCAGACCAUGACAUAGAACAGUAUGAUGGCAAGAAUAUGGCCUUGUUUGAGGAAGAAAUGGACAGCCACCCUAUGGUGUCGUCUCUUCUAAACAAGCUAGCAAACUACACUAACCUGACCCAAGGCGUUCGGGAACACGAGGAGGCUGAAGAUGGCGUCAGAAGGAUUGCCAUCACGGUCCCCCAAAUGGGAACAUUUAUUGGGGUGUAUCUACCCUGCCUGCAAAACAUUCUGGGAGUCAUCCUUUUUUUGCGUCUCACCUGGAUUGUCGGAACAGCAGGAAUCCUCGGAUCCUUCGCCAUUGUGUCCAUGUGCUGCAUUUGUACAUUGCUCACAGCCAUAUCGAUGAGCGCCAUAGCAACAAAUGGAGUUGUCCCAGCGGGCGGUUCCUACUACAUGAUCUCCAGAUCACUCGGACCAGAGUUUGGUGGAGCAGUUGGUCUCUGUUUCUACCUGGGAACCACCUUUGCUGGAUCCUUGUAUAUACUGGGCACCAUUGAGAUCCUGCUGACAUACAUAGUCCCAACAGCAACUGUGUUUGAGGCUAAAAGUAUAGAAGGUGAAGGAACGGCCGCCCUCAACAAUAUGCGUGUCUACGGAACAUGUUGCCUGCUUCUGAUGGCACUUAUUGUCUUUGUUGGGGUAAAAUAUGUGAACAAGCUGGCCUUAGUGUUUCUGGCCUGUGUCAUGCUUUCCAUCAUGGCCACCUAUGCAGGAGUCAUCAAGACGGUCAUUGAACCACCAGAAUUUACUGUGUGUCUUCUGGGCAACCGUUCUCUGAAGAAUGACAAGUUUCAAGUCUGCGCAAAGACUGAGACAGUCAAUAACCAAACUUUGACCACGGAUCUAUGGAAACUUUUCUGUACCAGUGAACAUCUCAACGCCACCUGUGAUGACUAUUUCAAUCUAAAUAAUGUGACAGAGAUACCGGCCAUCCCGGGGCUCCUCAGUGGAGUUCUGAAAGACAAUUUAUGGGGUGACUAUGGUCCAGCUCAUACAAUAAUAGAAAAGAAAAAUCAGGAUUCAGUACCAGCUCAAGAUACAUCCGGUGAUAUUUAUAAACCGUACGUCUUCAAUGACAUCGCCACCUAUUUCACGCUGCUGGUGGGAAUAUAUUUCCCCUCAGUUACAGGUAUCAUGGCUGGCUCAAACAGGUCUGGCGAUCUAAGAGAUGCCCAGAGGUCAAUCCCAAUUGGAACUAUAAUGGCUAUUCUCACCACAUCUUUCUUCUACAUCUCCUGUGUGCUAUUGUUUGGAGCAUGUAUAGAGGGAGUGGUGCUACGAGACAAAUUUGGGGACUCCGUCAUGAAAAACCCAGUAAUUGGUAUUCUGGCCUGGCCAUCACCUUGGGUUAUUGUGAUUGGAUCGUUCUUUUCCUGUUGUGGGGCCGGGCUUCAAAGCCUGACUGGCGCCCCCCGGCUACUACAGGCCAUCGCUCGUGAUGGGAUCAUUCCAUUCCUUCAGAUUUUUGGCCAUGGCAAAGCCAAUGGCGAGCCCACCUGGGCUCUUUUGCUGACAGUUGGUAUCUGUGAAAUAGGAAUACUCAUUGCUUCUUUGGAUGCCGUAGCUCCCAUUCUCUCCAUGUUUUUUCUCAUGUGCUACCUGUUUGUAAAUCUGGCCUGUGCUGUCCAGACUUUGCUUCGAACUCCCAAUUGGAGACCUCGCUUUAAAUUCUAUCACUGGACUCUGUCUUUCUUAGGGAUGAGUCUGUGUUUGUCUCUCAUGUUUAUCUCCUCCUGGUACUAUGCCCUGGUUGCCAUGGUGAUAGCUGGCUGUAUCUACAAGUACAUUGAAUACAGAGGGGCAGAGAAGGAGUGGGGAGAUGGUCUCCGCGGUCUGUCUUUAAAUGCAGCACGUUACGCUUUAAUCCGUCUUGAAGAAGCACCACCACACACCAAAAACUGGAGACCCCAGUUAUUAGUAUUAUGUAAGCUGGACUCCGAGCUGGCGGUGAAACAUCCACGACUACUGUCCUUCACUACACAGCUAAAAGCAGGAAAGGGGCUGACCAUCGUCUGUUCUGUACUGGAGGGAACCUACAUGACACAAGGGGCUGAUGCCAAGAUCGGAGAGCAGAACUUGAAAGCAGCGAUGGCCGCAGAACGGACCAAAGGUUUCUCUCAUGUAGUCGUGUCCUCCAACCUGCGAGAUGGUUUCUCUCUACUCAUCCAGUCAGCAGGACUGGGAGGGAUGAAGCACAAUGCAGUCUUGAUAGCUUGGCCAGCAGGCUGGAAACAGGCCAGAGAACCCUCCCCAAGGAGGAAUUUUAUAGAGACCGUGAGGGAGACAACAGAGGCCCACCAGGCUCUGCUGGUUGCUAAGAACAUCGACCACUUUCCAAGAAAUCAGGAGCGGCUAAAGGAAGGCACCAUCGAUGUGUGGUGGAUUGUCCAUGAUGGCGGAUUGCUGAUGCUGCUGCCAUUUUUAAUCAGUCAACACAAGGUAUGGAGGAAGUGUAAAAUGCGUAUCUUCACGGUGGCACAGAUGGAUGACAAUUCCAUCCAGAUGAAGAAAGAUCUCCAGAUGUUUCUGUACCAUUUGCGUCUGGACGCAGUAGUGGAGGUGGUUGAGAUGCAUGAUAGUGACAUCUCAGCUUUCACCUAUGAGAAGACACUGGUGAUGGAGCAGAGAUCACAAAUGCUCAAACAAAUGCAAUUAUCCCGCACAGAACGGGAGAGAGAGGCGCAACUGAUCCAUGAUCGAAAUACAGCGUCUCAUUCCACAAAGGAGGACAACGCUUCAGCGGACAAACCUGAACGUGUCCACAUGACCUGGACCAAAGACAAACUCAUCAAUGAGAGAAAUAAACACAAGGAAGGAAUGGGUGUAAAAGACUUGUUUAACAUGAAGCCUGAGUGGGAGAAUCUCAACCAGUCCAACGUGAGAAGAAUGCAUACAGCUGUCAAACUGAAUGAGGUGGUGGUCAAGAAGUCCCAGAAUUCACAGCUGGUGUUGCUCAACAUGCCAGGCCCACCCAAGAACAAAGAAGGGGAUGAGAACUAUAUGGAAUUUCUCGAGGUUCUAAUGGAAGGACUCGACCGCGUCUUGUUGGUUCGUGGAGGAGGUCGGGAGGUCGUCACCAUCUACUCUUAGUGCGAAGUGGUUCCUAAUGUUGAGAGCAUUGGAACGAAAACCACGGUGAACAAUGUACCCUGUUGUUUGACUUCACAAGUCUUAUAAACAUCAGAGACUGAAAAAUGAGACAUCUGACAAAGUGAGGUCAAUGCAUCAUCUUGAUGCAAAUGAUGUAAAUGCAAGUAUACUGUAGACCACCCAGUGAUUCCCAACCAGGUGUCGUGGCACAUUAGUGUGUCGUGAGUGCUUUUCAGGUGUGCCAUGGAAAAUUAUUAAUGACUUAAUUGCUCAAAAAAUAUUUAUUGAAAAAAGAAUGUAUAUUUGUUAAUCUAUUUAUCCCAGCUAGGCAUCAUGACAGGCGGAACAAAUGAAUGCCCUUCUAGUAGAUUGCAAGAAGUACAUAUAGUCAUUAAAACAUCCACUUUUUGUGAUA